AUGGCUGAGACAGGAGAUGCAAGUCGCUUGCCAACAUCCCUUGAUGUGCUGGCUUCAGAUGUUCACUCCAGGCUGGAGUUCCACAGGUAUGCCUUCAUGGACUGUGUUGGCAUAAAAAAUGCGCUUCACUGUGUCAUCGAAGAAAGGGAAAAUCUCCAGCAACGACAGAAUGCGAUUGACCAACUGGUUGCUGAAAAGGACAGCCUCACUAAAAAGAAUGAAGAGCUGGCAGCAGAGCUUGAAUCUCUGAAGGAACAGCUCCAAGCAAGGGAAUCGAGCGAUCAACAGCAGGGAAGUGGUUUUCAGCAGAGCCACUCUGGAAUGCAGGCACACCCAAGAUCAAUGCCGAAAAGGAAACGGCAAUCUGGAGAUGAAGAUGUUGAUGAGCAUGAGCUUAUGGAAGAUCUUUCCGUUAUAGAUAAUCCUGAUCAAGGUUUAAACACUGAGCUUGAGGCUACUAGAAAGGAAAUUUCUGAUAUCCACUCUAAGCUGAUUGAGGGGUUCACUGAUCUUAGUACUACUGGAGGAAGGAAUAUCGCCCUAAAAAACAUAGGGCAAUUGGAUGACAGGCCAUUCCUGGCGGCAUGCCGUAAGAAGCUGCCUGCCGAAGAAGCAAGAGAAAAAGCUAAAGAAGUACACCGUGUUUGGCAGGGGCAUAUACAGAACCCAGAGUGGAAUCCCUUCAAGACUGUCACAGUUGAAGGUAUCCCAAAGGAGAUUAUUGAUGUCAAUGAUGACAAGCUGCAAGGGCUAUGUGCUGCAUGGGGUGAAGGGGUGCACAAGGCUGUGGUGAGUUGUUUGGUAGAAAUUCAAGAAAGUGGCAGGCUGGGAGAUAGAAACAUUGUGCCCGAGGUCUGGAAUUACAAGUGCAAGAGAAAAGCCACUCACAGUGAGAGCAUCGAGUACUUGUUCGGUCAAGUGAAGCGUCUGAGUGACGCGAAAUCCAGAACCCGCAGCAGACUACAAUAG